UAUUUCAUGGGGAUGUGUUCAAGACAAGAGAGGAUUCAGAAGGAUAUUGACGUUGUGAUCCAAAAGUGCAAGGCGGAGAAGGACUGCCUGUUUGCAGAUUUCAGGUACUCAGACUCCACCUUUACCUUCACCUAUACUGGAGGCUCCAAAAGUGUAUCCUAUUCAGUGCAUGUCUCUGAGGAUUACCCAGAUAACACUUAUGUUUCCAGUUCUGAUAAUGAUGAAGAUGUGUUAGUUACAACAGAGCCAAUUCCAGUAAUUUUCCACCAAAUCGCUACAGAAUUAAGAAAAACCAGUGAUGUCAACUAUUGCUUAUCCAUAAAAUCAAAAUUACAGAGGGAGAAUGGAGAGGAGUCACGGCACAACAGCACAGUUGAAGAAGACUCUGAAGGAGAUAACGAUUCUGAGGAAUUUUAUUAUGGAGGACAGGUUAGCUAUGAUGGAGAACUUCACAAGCACCCACAGCUGGAGGCUGAUUUGACAGCAGUGAGAGAGAUCUAUGGACCUAAUGCAGUAUCUCUCAGGGAAUAUGGAGCCAUUGAUGAUGUCGAUAUUGAUCUGCAUAUUGAUGUUAGCUUUCUUGAUGAAGAGAUUGCUGUGGCUUGGGAUGUAAUUCGCACAGAGCCUAUAAUAGUGCGAUUGCACUGUUCACUUACACAGUACUUAAAUGGUCCAGUGCCAACUGUGGAUGUAUUUCAGAUCUCUACUAAGGAAAGAUUUGGGCUGGGACAUCAGCUGAAAAAAAUCAUGCAGACAUUUGUUACACAACAGUGGAAAAAUAGCAAAGAGAAAUCUAAUUGUACGCACAAUAAGAAGGUGUCUGACAAAAAGGUGAAAUCCCCUCUGCACAUCUUUUCUACAUUGCGCAGGUCGCCAAGUUAUCCUCCACCUGGCUGUGGUAAAAAUAAAUCAAAACUGAAGUCAGAACAGGAUGGCAUCUCCAAAACUCACAAGCUACUGAGAAGGACUUGCUCUAGCACAGUGAAGGCGGAGGAUAUGUGUGCCACAAAAUCUCACAGAACCUUUGGCCGCUCGUUGUCGAGUGACCCUAGGGCUGAACAGACAAUGGCUAUUAAAUCACACAAACUGUUGAACCGUUCUUGCUCUGCAGCCGUCAAGCAGGAGGAGUGCAUCACUUUAAAGCCCCAUAAGCUGUUAAGUAGAUCAUGUUCUGGGGACCCUCGAUGUGAGCACAACAGCACCUUGAAGCCCCACAAACUUUUAAGCAGGUCCUACUCCAGUAAUCUUAGAAUGGAAGAAUUGGAUGGAUUGAAGAAUCACAAGUUACUCAGCAAGACUUACUCCAAUGCCCCUAAAUCAUCCAAAAUGGAGCCUUUCAAGGAGUCCACCAUAGCAGAGAGCAGGAGGCUCUCUCUUACCUCAGGGCUUAUUGGUAUCUUAACCCCAUCUUCAUCAUCACCUUCACAAGCUGCUCAAAAUUACGGUGCAAAAUGCACUUCAGUACGAGACCGUGGCUUUCUUGUGCAGACUAUUGAAUUUGCUGAGCAGCGGAUACCAGUAUUGAAUGAAUACUGUGUAGUUUGUGAUGAACCCCAUGUGUUCCAGAAUGGCCCUAUGCUGAGGCCCACUGUUUGUGAACGGGAGCUCUGUGUAUUUGCUUUCCAAACAUUAGGAGUGAUGAACGAAGCUGCUGAUGAAAUUGCAACUGGGGCUCAGGUGGUUGAUCUGUUAGUAUCCAUGUGUCGGUCUGCAUUAGAGUCACCUAGGAAAGUUGUCAUUUUUGAGCCAUAUCCUUCUGUGGUUGAUCCUAAUGAUCCUCAGAUGCUGGCCUUUAACCCCAGGAAGAAGAAUUAUGACCGAGUCAUGAAAGCAUUGGACAGUAUCACUUCUAUUAGAGAGAUGACACAGGCACCUUACUUGGAAAUAAAGAAGCAGAUGGAUAAACAAGACCCGCUUGCACAUCCUCUUCUACAAUGGGUUAUUUCUAGUAAUAGAUCACAUAUUGUGAAGCUACCGGUGAAUAGGCAACUAAAGUUUAUGCACACUCCCCACCAGUUCCUACUUCUCAGCAGUCCACCAGCCAAAGAAUCCAAUUUCCGAGCUGCUAAAAAUCUCUACGGAAGUACCUUUGCAUUUCACGGUUCACACAUUGAAAAUUGGCAUUCCAUCCUGAGGAACGGCUUAGUUGUUGCUUCCAAUACGAGGCUGCAGCUCCAUGGUGCAAUGUUUGGAAGUGGAAUCUACCUUAGUCCAUUGUCAAGCAUAUCAUUUGGUUACUCAGGGAUGAACAAGAAGCAGCAGAAGGUGUCAGCUAAAGAUGAACCAGCUUCAGGCAGUAAGGGCAGUAAUACAUCACAGUCACAGAAGAAAGGACAACAGUCACAAUUUUUGCAAAGCCGUAACUUAAAAUGCAUAGCCUUAUGUGAAGUGAUAACCUCAUCCGAUCUGCACAAACAUGGCGAGAUAUGGGUAGUUCCCAAUACGGAUCAUGUGUGUACAAGAUUUUUCUUUGUUUAUGAAGAUGGUCAAGUGGGUGAUACAAGUAUAAAUACACAGGAACCAAGCAUUCAUAAAGAGAUUCUUCGAGUCAUUGGCAAUCAAACUGCUACUGGUUAAAAGGACCACUCUUAUUUAAUUGAUGUGAUUUGGAAGCCUUCCUCAGUCUCAAAGCUGGAUUUUGAACUGAAGAAGAUGCAAAAAACUAAUUUAUUAUUAUUAUUCUAAGCAAAUUAACCCUUUGAAUACUUACUGUUUUCUUACUUAGUAUUUCUUAUCUCAUCAAAAUACCUGAGAUGGUAUGAAUUAGCAACUGUAGGGGUGCAAAGUCUAUUAAUAUACUACAACUAAUAAUAAUUAAACAGGCAUUUGGGUUGCUCACAAUAAACAGACUUUAAAAAGGAGUUUUGUGCUGAUAUUUUUAUAUUAAACUUCAAUUGGAGGUUUUAGUACUGUAUACUGGUAUUUUAAAUUUAGAAUGACUGAAUUAUAAGCGAGAGAGAAGAUUUUAUAGCAGAGCACCUGUAUUGUGCAGGAUACUUUGCAAUAAGUAAAAUAUUCUCAUAUUUGAACACAAUAAAAGGUUG